UCAUCUUCCUGCAUCACUCUCUUAUAAACUCUCACAUCCAUGGCCACUUGUUUUCACUCCCUUCCAUUUUAGUCUCAUUAUUCACUGACUCUCUCUUUCUCUCUUCUUUUCUUUCCUCUACUCUAAUUUUUUUUUUUAAAUCAGUAAUCUUUCCAUAUUUUUCAGAAAAGCCAAGCAACAUCCCGUUACGUCUUCAAUCCAAUCUCUUCCUCUUUCACAAUUUUCCCUUUGCCUUUUUAUCUUUCUUUUUCUGUUUUUUGUACACAUUCUCUCAAUUCCUCUCUCGGUUUCUUUUUAGAUUUAAAAUCUCUGCAAAUUCCCCUGAGAAGGGUGUGAGCAGAAAUGAAGAAGGUAGUGUUGAAGCUGGAUUUGCAUGAUGAUAAAGCCAAACAAAAGGCUUUAAAAACAGUCUCAACUCUUUCAGGAAUUGAUUCCAUUGCCAUGGACAUGAAAGCAAAGCAAUUAACAGUGAUAGGAACAGUUGACCCUGUGACUGUGGUAAGCAAACUGCGCAAGCAUUGGCCAACAGACAUAGUAUUAGUAGGACCAGCAAAAGAACCAGAGAAGAAAGAGGAACCAAAGAAAGAAGGUGAAGCCAAAAAAGAAGAUGAACAAAAGAAAGAAGGUGAACCCAAGAAGGAAGAUGAACAAAAGAAAGAUGAAGCCAAAAAGGAAGAAGGUAAGAAAGAAGAUGAAACCAAGAAAGGUGGUGAGAAGAAAGAAGAAGAGAAGAAGGCAUUACCACCACCAGACCCUGUUUUGGAACUUGUUAAGGCUUAUAGAGCUUAUAAUCCUCAUAUGACUACUUACUAUUAUGUUCAAAGCAUGGAAGAGAACCCUAAUGCUUGUGUUAUUUGUUGAUGGAAAUUGGUGAUGGGGAAUUGAGAAUGUCAUCAAUGGAGAAUAUAUAGGAGGUUCUUAAAAAAAGGAAAAAGAAACACAAAGAAGAUUAUAAAAAUCCUUUGUAUAUAUAGAUGGUGAAAUGCCUCUUUUUACUCCUUUUUGGUUUUUUGAUUAUGUAUAAGUAAUGUUGUUUGUGUAGGGGAGUAGAUUGAAUAAAAAUCAAAUUUUGGGAAUUUGUUUUGAA